AAAGAUCAGACAUUCCUUUGUCGAGUAGUGGAAUGGCAAUAACGGAAGUGGAGAAUGAACCGGAAACGGUCGAUACAAGAAAGAAAAGCAACGUCGGAAGUGUUUCUCAGCCAAAACUCAAAGACCAUGACCGAUGCCGGCACAAGCGUAACUAUGAUGGUCACGUGGUCGUUUAUUCGUUCUCCUCUAGACGGAAAAACAUCGGGCAACAGAAAAAGAUACUAGAAGAUUCGAUGUGCCGAUGUAAAAAUAGUCGACAACUAUCCCAAACUUACCAUUUGAUGCGAACGAAAAUAGAAUCGGAUAUCGCUGUCAUUAGAGGCACUCAAAAUCAAAGGAAAAUGAAUUAUAUGUUGAACUUCUGAUGCGAUCUUCCCCAUAGCUGUAGCCAGAAUCCUGAUUCUGGGAUACUGUUGUAUACCAGGAUACUAACAUGAGUUGCCAGGUGCUACUGCUUCUCACCUGAGCGGUCAAUCUUUAUGAAAAAAUAGGAUAUGCAGAAAGGCAAAAUCUUUCCACUGUCUCUAGCAUAGGGAUCCUAACAACAUAAACAACACACCUUUACUCCAACAAGGGUCAUACGGUCAUUUUGUUUCA